AUGGUGCCGGUAGAAGCUUUACCAGUUUUGCGGUACCUAUCUGGGAGGGGCCUUACUUGGUCGGCACGUGGGGGACAGAAUGCAACGUGCUCGCAGCGAAGGACUAUCUACGUCAGAAGCAAGAGCUUGGAAGCUGUUCGAAAACUGCCCGGUAGACCGGCGAUCUUGACUGUGGUGAGACCGCAUGUCAGCGAGCAGAGAACAUGGCGUCGACAGAUGGCUACGGUGGUGGAUCAAAACUCAGCGAAAUAUCCCAAAGAGGGCCCUAUUCCAGAGUACGAUGCUCGAGUGCAGUCGGGAAGGCUUAGAGAUGACGAGCACCAACGAGGCCUGAUAUACUCUCUGCAAGACCUGCACGACACAUUAGCCAAGUACAAGCCGGAUGUUGUUUUGAAACCUACGAUCGAAUCUUUGAAGCCGAAGCCAAAGUCCUUUUUUGGUUCUCUCCUCGGCCGAGGAGGCCAACAGUUGCAGAUGCGGCCAAGAGAGAACCUUCCAAAGGGUCUUUACAUGUACGGUGAUGUGGGAAGUGGUAAGACGAUGUUGAUGGACUUAUUCUUUGAUACACUGCCGCCCAACAUCAUUCACAAGACUCGGAUUCACUUCCACAAUUUCAUGCAAGAUGUACACAAACAGCUGCACAAGAUGAAGGCACAGCAUGGUAGCAGCAUAGAUUGCAUUCCAUUCGUGGCCGCAGAGAUCGCGGAGAAGGCGUCCGUGCUCUGUUUCGACGAAUUUCAAUGUACAGAUGUUGCAGAUGCCAUGAUCUUGCGCCGACUGAUAGAGAGCUUAAUGGCCCACGGCACGGUCUUGGUAACGACAAGUAACCGGCAUCCUACCGAACUUUACAGGAACGGCAUACAGCGGGAGUCCUUCAUUCCUUGCAUAAACCUCUUGAUGGAUCAGCUUCAUGUUCUCAACUUGGAUUCAACUACAGACUAUCGGAAGAUCCCAAGACCCCCUUCAGGUGUGUAUCACCAUCCUCUCGAUGCAGGUGCGGAGAGACACGCCGAGCACUGGUUUAAAUUCCUCGGUGAUAUCGAGAACGAUCCUCCGCAUAAGGAAAUCCAAACCGUUUGGGGCAGGGAAAUUGAAGUGCCUCGAGCAUCCGGAAGAGCCUGUUGGUUCACUUUUGACCAACUCAUUGGUAGUGCAACUGGAGCUGCUGACUACUUAGAACUCGUUCAGCACUACCAGGCUUUCAUAGUCACGGGAGUACCAGGCAUGAACUACAGGUCUCGGGAUCUGGCGCGUCGAUUCAUCACCUUUCUAGACGCCAUCUAUGAAUCCCGCGCCAAGCUGGUGCUGACCACGGAGGUCCCUCUCACUCAGUUAUUCACCUCGAAGGCCGAGAUCGGCGAAAUGUUGGACAAAGCGGCCGAUGCUGGCGACCCGGAAGCUCAGAAAAGCAAGACAGUCAAGGAUGGCGAUGGUGUCGACGAUGCGAUGAGGAGUCUGAUGGACGACCUGGGACUCAACAUGGACACUUUGAAGAAGAGUAGCAUGUUUACCGGCGAUGAAGAAGCGUUCGCAUUCGCUCGCGCUCUGUCACGUUUGACAGAAAUGGGCAGUCAGGAAUGGGUCGAGCGUGGACUAGGAUUGGGUUCCGCUGGCAAGCAGGACACCGAGAAUUGGAAGAAGGUCAGAGGGUCAUGGCGCCAGGAUAGCUAUUGA